AUGCCUGAAAGGUACGGGUCUUCUUACGCCGUCAACGCGGCAGAGGCCCUGGAUCGCUCCCCCAGGCCGCUCUCUGCCAGGCUCGCUUCGCGUGAGCCAAGGGAGAGACCUCGAAGAGUUUCUCCGCGAGCUCCGCGCACCUUUUGGGAGGAGCCCUUGAGCGUCCGACACCGGGAGAGUCAGUCUUUGAUGCAUCAGUUCCUUGCGGUGCCCAAGACACUGCACUUGACACCGCCAGAAGCCCUCGACAGCGAGCUGAUGAACGCAGCCAGACCCGCGAGCGGCGCAGCCAGACGCGUCAAGAGGCAUCGGUCAGCCCAGAAAGAGAGUGAGCUGGAGGCGGUAGGCCCAAUGGAGAUCGCCUGGAGGACCCCGGAACUCCCCGUCUUCGCGGAUCUGUGUGAGGCCACCGCCUCGAAGCUGAGCGUGAGCGGCUUCCUCCAAGCACCCCAUGGCUUCGCAGUGGUGGGCGCCUCCGCGGAGCGGCAGAAGUUCGGGAACAAGGUCCUACGCUGCUACCUUCAGCACGGCCUCUCUGCCGUGCCUGUGAGCCUCACACAGACGGUCAUCGAAGGUCUUCCGUGCAUCUCCUCCCUCAAGGACCUGGGGAGAGACGCGGAGCACUACGGGGUGUCCGUGAUCACACCGCCCAAGGUCACUUUGCAACUCUUGGACCUUGCGAAGGAGCUGAAGAUCCAGCGUUUGUGGCUGCAACCGGGCUCCGAGUCUCCUGAGGUCCUCCAAAGAGCAGAGGAAUUGCAGUUAGGUCUGAUCCAUUCGGGGCCAUGCUUGCUGGUGGAGUUGGGCUUUGAUCCUCAGUGGAUCCCACCACAGGCCUCUGCAUCGGGUGAAGCCGCCGAGGGCGCUGUGCGCUGGCGGCUGUGCGGUGCCUCGCAGGUCUUCACGGUGACGCUUGCAGCGCCCAAGACGCGUAACGCCCUGAGCCGCCCGGUUCUUUCCGCACUCAAAGAACUCUUGCAGACCUUGCCCAGCAGCACCAGAGUGCUCCUCUUGGAGUCCCAGGGCUCCGUCUUCAGCUCCGGGCACCGCUUCGGCGACUUCGCCGCGGAGCUGGGCGCCGCGGAGCACCGCCGCACGCUGCAGCUCUGUUCCGAGGUGAACAUGCUGCUGAGGGAGGUUGCACCACCCAGCAUUGCCGUAGUGCAGGGACUGGCCACCGCUGCCGGGUGUCAACUCGCAUGCUCCUGCGAUUUGGUUCUCGCAGCGGACACCGCUGCCUUCCAGCUGCCAGGAGCGGCCAAUGGUGGCUUCUGUCACACCCCGGCGGUGGCCGUCGCCCAGCGCACCUCGGCGUCAGCGGUGGCGGAGAUGGCCUUCCUGGCCGAGAAGAUCCCUGCAGAGCGCGCGGAGCGUUUAGGCUUGGUGAACCGUGUGAUUCCCCGAGCCAAGCUCUACAGUGAGGCGCGCAAGGUGGCGGAGAAGAUCGCGAAAGCAGACCCAGCGCAGAUCCAACGAGGCAAACAGGUCCUCUACCAGCAGAUGUUGAAGCCCACACUGGCCGAGAAGUACGCUUGCGCAGAGCCUGCCAUGCUGGAGAUGUUCUCCACACCUGCAAGUCAGGAGACCGAUGGUGAAGAAGUUCCAACGCUGAGGUUUGCUCGACGACUCGACGCCCGCCCAUUCUGA